AUGGAGAUGUCUUCACCUCUCGCGGCCAUGCACCCGCCGCCCAUCCCCGGCCCCUGGGGAUACCGUCGUGACCUGCCACAAUCGAAGCCGUUGUUUGGAGGAGCACACAGCCUGGGUCCCAAGAGCUUCAACUUCCGCGACCUCAGCAUGAAGAAGAGUGGGGGAGACUACUUCACCCUGCAGCCCAUGCGAGGCUCGUCGCCCACGACCAGCCUGGCCGCCGACAUGUCGAGCAACCUGCACAUGGACCAGAGCCCUCAGCUCCAGACGCCUCGCCGGUCGCUCUUCACGUCGAAUCUCUUUCAGCAACUCGACACACGGGAAAUCACGACCCCACUGGCCCGUUGGGAAGGCGUUACGACUCCGCCAAUCCCAUCGUCCUCGCCCGGCUUCGCACCAGACUCCAUGGACAUCUCCCCUCUUCCCCACAAGGCACCUUUCAGCUUCAUCAACGACCGCUGCCUGCCCCUACCCUCGCCCUCCCCAGAGGUGACCCCAGGAUCCGACAGCGACAUGCUCACUCCAUGUGACGACCUACCCACCCCACCCGCAUACUCUACACCCUCACUCGAGGUCCCACGACCCGUGUCAGCCGCUGAACGCCGAAAGUCCGCUCUGCUCAGGCCCUCUCUUUCGCGCCACAAGAACUACUCUACUAACAGUGUGUCGUUCAAGGACCAAGAAAAGCCAUCGAGCACCUCGCUGCCGGCUUUCCAAUUUGGUUGCGGUGACUUCGCCAGGAACUCGUCUUCAUUGAGCUUGGAUGAGUGCUUUACUGCCUCCCCACCUCAAGAACGUCGUCCCACCUCCAAUGGCUCUCUCUUCGCAUCGAAACCCAAGCCCUUUUCUCUCAACUCUACUGCCGCUCGUGCCAAUGGUUCCCCUCUCGCCGCUGUCAGGAAGCCUGUCGGUCCCCCUUCUCGUCGUCCCAGCAAGUUCCGCAGAUCGUUAAGCAUGUUCGAAAGUCCCGGUGAAGUGAUGAAUGCCAAGCAGGAACAGGAUGACUACCAGCCCAGUGGGCUUCAGUCUGUGAUGGAUGUCGAUGAUGCCAACCCACUCAAGCUUCCACACUUCACUACCAGCGAGCCAGAGAGCCUCCCUCGUAUUACCCACGAGACAUUGGUGGAGGUCCUUGACGGUGCUUAUGAUCACUUGUAUGACAACAAGGUGGUCAUUGACUGCCGCUUCGAGUACGAAUACAAUGGUGGCCACAUUGAAGGUGCAUUGAACUUCUGUGACAAGGAGAAGCUUGCCGAGCGUCUCUUCCAGGCUCCGUCAAGUGACAACACUCUUCUGAUACUGCACUGCGAGUACUCAGCGCAUCGUGCUCCUCUCAUGGCCAAGUUUGUUCGCUCGCAAGAUCGCAAGGAGAAUGCGCAUCAAUAUCCUCACCUCUCGUUCCCUGAAGUUUACAUCCUCGACGGCGGUUACAGCUCCUUCUACCAUGCACAUGCAACCCGCUGCUAUCCCCAGAACUACCUUCGCAUGGAUGCCAAAGAGCAUGAGCAAUCCUGUGAACGCGGCCUUAACAAACUCAAGUUCAAGUCGCGUGCUAAACUCAACCGUGCUACCACUUUCACCUUUGGGCAGCACUGCCAGAUGGAAGACAGCCCUACAGCCAUGGGCCGUACAAGAUCUGGAAACAACCUCUUCACCCUCGGCAAUGACUCUCUUGAAAUCGGACGUGUCAACGCCGCUUCCCGUCGCAUGGCAUCUUAUUAG